GAAUUCAAAAAACUGACUGACUAGGGUACAGAUUGUAAUACAUGUAUGUUGGGAGAGUUGCUUAUAAUUUGAUUUUAUUGUCACGGUUGAUGCCUUGUUGUAUAAAGAGUUACACAGAUAUCAGGGUAAGUUCGUUUAUAAAAGGUCUCAAGCCAGGCAAGGGCAUUGUUAUGGCUUGUGCCGCUGACAGACGUAUAAAGAAGGAAGCAGCGUGUGACAAACAAGCCCAUAAUGGAAAUUAUGACAGAAAUAUGAUCGCUAUGUAUGUGAUAAAUGGCGCCGUGGAGAAGUAAAAUACGCGCGCCGCUCCCAUGACUGUGUGGGCCUUGGACUUGUAGUCCUGACUGACUGCGCCUGUCCAAGGUGAUCCCGGCACUUCCUGCUCCGCCCAGCAGCCUCUCAGCGCCCUGCCCCACACUCUGCCAAACUGAAAACAAAACUUUUUUUUCUGGGAGCACUUUCGCUUCAGGUCUGUUGUGUCAUUGCGGCUGCUUUGUUUGCCUUUCAAUGGCCGCCCGCAGCCAGUAGCGCAGGUGAGAGACAAGCACGGGAGAGCCUUGCUGACUGCUGAACACUAGCAGAGGGGCCUGUCUGUCACUUCCAUCUGACGCUGCUGCACGUGGAGACCCUCUCUGUUCCGUCUCAUGCCCUCCAUAUCCACCACACUCCAUGUUAUACAGCCCCGCUCCAACUACCGCACAGUCCCUCUGCCAUGCGGGCUAGAUAAGGGCCAGCCUGCUAGUGUGUGCUUUAGCGACACUCUUUGCUUUACGGGAGGUGGGCAGCCAUGGAUGGGCAGGGAGAAAAGGGCACCGUUGCCUGCAGUAAGGAUGAAGCUGCCAUGGACUCCUAUCUGAGAUCCGAGGGGCUGUACAGGAAGAAGAUAGCGAAGGAUGGCUCGUGUCUAUUCAGGGCUGUGGCCGAGCAGGUUAUGCACUCGCAGUCAGAACAUCUGAAGAUAAGAAAGUCCUGUAUAAAUUAUUUGCGUGAAAAUCGCGGACAGUAUGAAGCGUUUAUUGAGGGAUCCUUUGAAGACUAUCUAAAAAGUCUAGAAAAUCCACAGGAGUGGGUUGGCCAAGUGGAAAUAAGUGCCCUUUCUCUUAUGUUCAAGAAAGAUUUUAUUAUUUAUCAAGAGCCUAAUAUUCCCCCUGCUUGUGUCACUGAGAAUGGCUUUUCAGAAAAGAUAAUGCUGUGCUUUUCUAAUGGGAAUCAUUAUGAUAUAAUUUACCCUAUUGGUUUUGCUGAGAGUGCCGCUAUGUGCCAAUCUAUUAUUUAUGAGCUGCUGUAUGAAAAAGUAAUGAAAAUAAAUGUGGGCAAAUAUGUAGUAGAUGAGGACACUUUUAGCCCCACGACUACAGAAGAGAUAUAUUGCAGUGAUGGGUCAGAAUCUGAAGCAGAAGACAUUUCCAAGAACAUAAAAACGAAUUUUGCGGAUAUGAAUGGUUUUAACUCUAACAAAGAUGAUAAGUGUCCACAAAAGAAAACUAUAGAACCAACUAUCCUGCCAAGUGUUCUUCGGUCUCUUCACACAUCACAUUACAGAAAUGUAGAGCAUGAGGUGUGGCUGAAGACUCAAAGAGAUCAGCAAAAAUUGGAUUUCUCUAUUGCUGCUGGCAUGCAGUAUUCUGUUGGAGACAAAUGCCAGGUUCGCGUGGAGCCAGGUGGGAAGUUUUAUAAUGCCCACAUACAAGAAGUUGGUGCAGAGAAUGGACCAGUUAUUGUUUUUGUUGAAGAGCUUGGAGAUAAACAUGCCGUUCAACUGAAAAACCUUAAGCCCAUCCCUCAGACAAUCGUUAGUACAGAUGGCUGGAACACAGUAGCAGGGAAAAAGCAAAAAAAGGCUCUUCCGAGUGGGACAAAUACACAGCCUGAAAAGGAUUGCAGGGGACAAAAGGGAUUUGGCAAACCAGUAAAGCAGCAGGCUACCCAACCUCUUCGUCUACAGCAGGCUGCUGCAAACAAGCAACAUGGGCUUGCUUCUCAGUUGUCUGAUCAAGCACCACAAUCUGAGAACAAGGGAAGAAGCAGAACUCCCCCAAAAGUGCCUGGAAGGAAAGUGGACCGGGAGCGAAGUGAGGAAUCAAAUUACUUUAAGAGAGAGAAUGUCACUUUUGGAUUUACUAUAGAAGAGCGCAAGGAGAAAGAGGCCAUUGAGGAAUCCAAGUCUUUGUAUGAAAUGCAGAGCAUGGACAAGGAUGCAUUCCCUGCCCUCUCUUCUUUGCCUAAAGGUGAACGAACUGUUCAGAACACUGAGGUCUUCCCUGUGAAAAGGACAAAUUUGAUCACCGAGAACCCCAAGAAAAAGUCUGACGGAGAAGAUCUGAAAGACAAAGGUUUCAUUUCUAAUGCAUCUACAGCUCAAGCAACAAAAAUCGGAGAUCAGAAAAGUUCUGAGGAAGCAGUUAAGCAGUUUACUCCUUCAGAUGCAGAUGAUUUGUCCAGUGCCCCUGUUCUUCCAACCUCUGCUGAGCCCCAGGCUUCACCCACAGUGCCUUCUACUCCCCCGGUUAUAACAUCCUGGCCAGCAGAAAUACCUUCUAUGCCUGCAACGGGGACUGAUUCAAGCUUGCUCCAACCUCAGGUGACAUCAUCUCCGUACCCACCACUUCCAGUCUCAAUGCCAGCAGUUAACCAGCCCUUACUGCCUUUACCUCAGGCACUGGGUGCUCUGCAGGACCCUCUCUAUCCUGGAUUCCCCUUGAAUGAUAAGGGGGAGCGAGCCACUGUACCAUCUUAUUCAUUUUGUAAGAACGGAGAAGAUCUUCCUGAUGAUAAAAGCAUCCUACGCUUCUUCUUCAAUCUUGGUCUAAAGGCAUACACAAAUCCUAUGUGGCCACCACAUUCUCACCUCUACCCUCUUCAUCAAGCCUAUGUAACUAUGUGCAGGAUCUAUCCUGCAUAUCCACAAGGAUCUGUAUAUCCACAAGGCUCUUGGGUUGAGGAAACGUCCGCAAACCAAAGUGAAGUAGACCCUUCAAUCCUUGCCCAUCCCAAUGAAGUUAGAAUGGAAAGUCAUUGUUCACAGCCUGCAACUGUAUCAUCUCCACCAGUGGUUGCUUCACCUGUCCUGGUCCCUGGCAUUGUUGGUCAAAUACCAAACCCAAGUGAAUCUGGGGUAAUAAACCAAGCUUUGCACACAAAUGUGACUUUUGAAGAACCAGCAACAAGCAAGACCAUAUUUCCACAACCUCAAUUUGGGCAAAGUUCAUACAUGGGAGCUGUCCCCAUUGCCUCUUCUUAUUUCCCUCACUAUUGGUAUGGAUACCCAUACCAAGGGUAUAUUGAAAGUCCUGUGAUAAGACAAAACGUCUAUAUACCCCCUCAGGAUAGAGAUCUGUCCGAAAGCCUUUCUUCAGAGGCUGUAGUUAAAAACAAUUCAGCAAAUCAAAUCGCAAUAAGGCAAUCUGUAGAUUUACAAGAACAAUGCAAACCUGACCUGCCUCUUGCUUCUUCUGCUGGUGGCAUAGGUACCGAGCUUAUUUCUAAUGCCUCCACUGUCCAGUCAGAGCAAAAGAUGAAUGUGAACAUUACACAAGUGCUCACUGGUAACAAGAGCCUUCCAUCUAAGAUAAAGGAUAACCAGGUGCCCCCCUUGGCCUUUACACAGGUAGAAACCAGGGAACCUGCUUCUGUAGCAUCAGAAGACAAAGAGCUAUCAGAAAAAGAAGUUAAUGCAGGGGCAUUAGGAAGUACACAGAUAAAAGUUUCUGAAGAGAAAGCACUUAGUUCGGAGGAUGAGAGAGAAGUGUCUAGCAUGCUGAGAAGUGGCAGAUCAAAGAAUUUUUAUAGUCAGUCUUACAAUACUAGGCGGCCUAGAAGUGAAAAGUAUUAUCAGCCCAACCGAGGUGGUUACCAACAUGGCAGAGGUGAAGAGAGCUGGAGAGGACAGAGAGGUAGAGAUGAUGGCUUUCAACAAUAUCGAGGUUACAGGGGAAGGCCUUAUAGGAGACGGCCUAUGGGGAACAGUUACAGAGCACAGCAAGAAUAGCAAGUGUUGGUGGAUUUUUUUCUCUCAUUUAUGUUUAAAAGAAAUUUAAAAAGUGAUAUGCUCUUUUUAUCGUGUUCAGGGAAAGGUUUAAGGAUUGGGGACAGUGUAGAACCCCAGUUUAUUUUUGGACAUUUUGUCUAGUUUGUAUUGUUCUCCCCCCCCCACACACAAGUAAUGCUAUUACAGUUAAUAGACUGUGAUCUUGGGGAAUGUUUCAAUUAAAAAUAUGGCUUCCUUUCUUUAAACAGGAGUUGAGAUACCGUAUGUAGUCCAUGUUGGAAGUGUAGGGUGGCACAAUACAUUUACUGCUGCAGAGAAGGCUGUCUGGCUGCUACUCUGUUUUGACACUGAUGUUAUUGCAGUGGAAACUCGACUAGCACACUAAAAAUGUGUUCAUUUGAGUAUAUAAAUGCCUUAGAGUUAUAUUGGGGUUGAUUUAUACAGGACCAUGUAACUCUGGAUUGUGCUUCCAUUCCAAAGGCCUUUUACCUUGGGAUCUUCAGACUCUGGUAACACAGAAAUUAAAAAAUGGACAUCAUUUCUUAUUGUGAUCUGCUGUAAAUUGCCAGUUGUUUCACCCUAAUUACAUAUUAUCUUAAUGUCUUUCUCAAUCAAUAUUCUCUACAAUUAUUAACUCGACUAUAUCCAACCUACUACCUGUCACUGGAUGUUGAACGUUCUUCAUUCCCAAUCAGCAACCGGCUCCUUCCUGGCUGGGCAUGCUUGAAGUUGCAGUACCGGGACAGAUUGAAUGACCACAGGUUGGGAACCCUUGAGAUUACCAGUUGUGAAAUUGGGCUAUUAGAAUUGGUAGUUCCAGUUGUGUUGCAAGUAUUUUAUGCAAGCACCUUGAAAAGCGCUUUCCUUGAAAGGGCAACUUUAGACUGAAAGCGAUAGCUGCUAGCAAUAACUAAGAGUGAGGAUUGAGUGACCAUUCUUGUUCCUGUGCAACACAAGAGUUGAUAUGAAUGAUGCUACAUUUUGCACUAACAUACCUUACAGACUGUAAGCACACCACAUAUGUCUUUUUAUUAACACCCGUGCUGUAAAAAACACGUCCUAUUUUGCUUUUCAAGUUAUAGAACAGGGGUAGAAAACAUUGGUCCCACAACCACCCCCUUUUUUUGUAAGAAACUUUAUGUAAGGUCCAAUGUUGAACAUCUCUGUUACAAACCUUUUAAGCUGCAUAGAAUUUAACAUAAUGGUUUUUUUUUUGUUGGGGAUUUAUUUAAUUGUCUGAACUUUUAGUUAAUCUUGUUUUUUUUUGCCUUGUGUUGGACUCUUGAAUGUUCUCAUUAUCACUGCAAAAUGUAUGAAGCACUUGAUACUUGAUGGACAUUUUGUCCAACAGAUGUUUUUCAGAAGUGAAUGUGUUGUAAUUUUAAAUAAUUUCUCUGAGUGCAGUGUAUAUAGGGGAAUCCCUGUGCACCUUUAUGUUUACAGAUACUUUCGUUUGUUUUUAUCUCAUUAAUGCAUACAGAUUAAAAAAUAGACAUCCA